AUACACUCGCUUCCUGUUGAGCUCCUCACCACCAUAUUCCAGCUGGGUGUCGACUCAGAUCCUAUUCCAGACGACCAAAUCCGCGGCGAGCACACCUUUGAGGUCCUCGUCUCACACGUCUGCCGGCACUGGCGCCAUGUCGCCCUCCAUACGCCACAUCUCUGGACCACCGUCCACUUCCGCACCCUCGCGCACAUGGGCCGCGGCGAAGUCUACCUCGCGCGGAAUGCCCAUUUACCUAUCGACAUAUACGUCGACACCUGUUCCGAGGACGACUACCAUCUCCGCAAAGACCUCCUCUUCCGCGAACAGUUCCUCGCAGUAUUCAACGUCGUCCUCCCCCAAAUACAUCGCUGGCGCGAGCUCCAUCUCAUCGUAGCCGACCUCGAGUGCAAAUCCUUCGCCCGCCAAGUCCUCUCCAAAUGCGGCACAGCGCCCGCCCUCCGCACCCUCCAGCUCUGGCACGUCAUGAACUGGCAGACCUCCGAACGUCUCUUCAACCACAUCGGCCCGCCCCCCGUCGUCGUCUUCGGCGGCGCGCUCCCCUCGCUCAAGCACAUCAUCCUCCAGGGCGUGAACCUCCCCUGGUCGCGCUCGCCCUUCCUCUGCAACCUCACCUCCGUCGAGUUCGCGCUCCACUCCGACAACGUCCGCAUGCCCUUCGCGCUCUGGCGCGACAUGCUCCGCGCCUCACCCGCGCUCACCCGCCUCUCCCUCCUCUUCGCCGGCCCGCGCGCCUCCUCCUCCGGCACCUCCCCCGCGCCCGACGGCAUCGAGUGGUGGGGCGCCGCGCCCCCGCCCCCCGACGCCAUCUUACCCCCUGGAGCCCUACUCCCGCCCUCGACGGACCCCGUGCAGCUCCUGCAGCUGCGCGAGGUGCAGCUGAACAACCUCGAGGCGGACUACCUCAUCGCGCUCUUCCGCACGCUGCACGCGCCCGCCGUGCGCUCGCUCCACCUCGGCCUCGACUUUGACGACCAGGACUUCACGCCCUUCAUCGAGUACCUCGCCGCGCCCCCAGGGCCGCACAAGCUCGAAAACGCCGCGGGUACGGGCACAGCGCGGCCGCAACCGAAGUUUCCGGUGCUGGAGAGCUUAUCGGUGUCCGCGCUGAGGUGCACCGUGGAAAGCUGGCGCGCGUUGCUGACGGUUUCGCCGAAGCUCACGCGCCUGGAAGCAGACUUCACCCAGCUCAGCGAACACGCUUUCGAUGUCCUUCUU